GCACACGGUUCUGCCGCGCGCGCGGCCGGAUCCAGUCGCAGUUCGAACCUCGAGGAGAUCCGAGCGUGCGUGAGCACCCGUCCCGUAAUCCUGGACCACGUAAACGGACGCCUCGGAGGAUCGUGCCGGGAUCUUCUGGCAUGCGAUCAGGAGCAUGCAGCAGAAGCCACUGAGAGAGCUGGGUUUGUGCCUCAAUACCGGGGUAUCAACGAACAACGUUGUCGUCGCCGAAGUUUGCAACGAGACUCGCGGGGGACUUCCCCUUCUUCAAGUAUGGCCCAGCGAUUCGCCCAGAGCCGAUGCCGACGGACAGGCCCAGGCUUUUGUGUUCCCGGACGUGCAGGAAAGUGUCAACGACAGCGGCAUCGAGUCCAUCCAGGCGUCGCCGUCGCCAUGCGGUAUCACCUGCAACAGCCCGGCGAUGACGCCGCAGCAAUCGCGCCGCGCCAGCCUGCUGCAUCCGGAUCACGCGCGGCUGCAGCUGCAUUACCUUCAUCACAACCACCAUAACGCGGGAGCGAAAAGUCCGCCGUCGCCGGACAGAACGUCCAUAGACGAGGACCACGAGGACCGGCCCGUGCCGCCGAGUCCCUCCAGUUCGACUACCAGCAGCCUGCGAUCAAUGCCGAGCUCGGCGAUCGUGUCGAUGCACUCGCAGGACAGAAGACGCAGCAGCAGCAGAUACAGCAUGUUCGAUGCUCUGGAUUUGGAAUACGCCCUACUGAGGGCCGCGGCUCGCGGUUCCGUGGCCCGUAACUCCCUGUCGGAGUCCCUCCACAAGCUGACCUUCACCCAGAGCCUGGCCUUUCCCGCCUUGGCGCGCGGUCUUGCCGCCAAGCAGAGCGUCCCGAGCGGAAGAUCCCAGCAGCCCACGGAGAGCGGGCUGAACGCCUUCGCCAAAGUGGUGACCGCGAUGGUGCUGAUGCUGGUGAGCGUGCUGGUGUUUGGUGUGGUCUACAAGUUCGCCAAGACGUGAGGUUGGCUGCUGACACCCGGCCGGUAUCCU